CGCCGAGUGUUUGCAUGUGCAUGUAGACAUAUAAGUACAAGUGUGUGUAUUUGUGUGUGUUGGGGGCGGGUGUACUGGUGCAUGUCAGACAGCAAAGAGCCGCAGUUAUCUAGGAAUCUGAGCCAAAAGAGCCUCACAAACAGAAGAGAGCGUGCAGGAGAGCGAGAGGGAGGGAUAGAGAAGAUCAAAUAAAAGAAAAAAACAGGAGAGGAGACUCUGACCAGCACAUAGUGAGAAAGAAAGACAAUGUGUAGGACUUGAUAGACUGCAGAUGAUACUGAUCUGAACACAGGAGUGUGCCUAGAGAAAAUCCUAUUGAAGAUAAGUAGUAUAAAGUAGAUACCGGUAGAGUAGAGAGAGAAUAGACAGGGAACAGGUGCAUAAUAUUUCUUUGGACUCGUGUUACGGCCUGAGCAGCAUGUGUGUACGAGUUGUGCCCUUGCUUUUGCUAGGAGCGUACAUGAUGUGUGUCUGUGUGCUGUGUCAGAGGGACAUCCUGGUGGCCGGGCCACCCAACGGCAGAUGUGAAGGGAGCUGCAGUGCAACAGCAUCACCAGCUAAAAUACAUCACCCUCACUCUCAGGACUCGCAAAUUAGAAAGACUCCAGUGAACCGCAAAACCGCACAGGUGUCUGAUACAUCUGAACGUCUCAUCCAGCUUCAGCGCUGUAUGCUGCAACAUGAUUCAGUGGUUGUGAGUCAGGAAGAAGGGUCUGACUCACUGCUAGGCUUUCUGGCUCUCAUGGCAGCGGUGCUGACAGAAUGUGACCUCCACUGCCAUAGUCAUAGACUCAGAGAGAUGGCCACCAGACUCGAAAGUUUGGUGGGCAAAAAUGGGGAGAAAGACUUGUUGCUGUUGCUGAAGAGUGUCACAGAUUCUAAACCUAAUGGCCUUAAACCAAGGACUCCUACAGCAGUGCCUCCCUCUGCAGGGCUUUACCCUCAAGACUGUCAUGAGAUCUACCAAUUAGGAAUCAAAGAGAAUGGAAUCUACACCAUACAACCAGAUCCAAAGCGACCAGCGCUUGAGGCCGUGUGUGACAUGGUUUCAGCAGGUGGGGGAUGGACGGUGUUCCAGCGCCGGUUUGAUGGACAAACUGACUUUAACCGAACCUGGCAGGAGUACCGUGAUGGAUUCGGCUCCCUGCAGAGAGAGCACUGGUUAGGGAAUGCAGUUCUUUAUGCACUAACUGCAAGUGGGCAUCACAUGCUCCGCAUCACUCUCCAAGACUGGCACGACCAGACACGUCAUGCUAACUAUAACAACUUUAAAGUGGCAGGAGAAAACCAGAGGUUCCGUUUAACUGUUCGAGAUUAUCAUGGAGAUGCUGGCAAUGCAUUCAGUUACAGCAAACAGUACAAUCACGAUGGCAGAGCUUUCAGUACAUAUGACCGGGAUCAUGAUCGCUACGCUGCUGGUAACUGUGCCCGUUAUUAUGGUGCAGGCUGGUGGUUUGAUUCCUGUUUGGCUGCUAACCUCAAUGGACGCUACUAUCAUGGCCGUUACAGUGGCAUCACGGAUGGCAUCUACUGGGGCACCUGGUAUAUCCUGACUGACUAUCGCACAGGGGAACGAUACUCGUUCAAGAGUGUUGAGAUGAAAACUAGACCAAGGCGGAGCUAAGAAAAAUACUGAUAUGUAAGCAUACUCUUGCACUACAUAUUUCAGUUAAAUAAUGGCUUGUAAUUACAUAACCUGGACCUGCCAUUAUAUAGAAUUUGAGAUUUUAAGAUUAUUGUUUGAUAUGAAGAACACAUUUAUAAACAUUUAUUUUUAAGAAAACUAUUUUACUCAGUGUAUAUUAUCGAUUUUCAUUUACAGUUGUU